UAACCACGAUAAAAUUACAGUUUAUCACUAGUUACGGCAUUACAGCCCUAGUUCUUUGAAGUAUUCUUGCUUUAAUCAGAUAACUAUAACCUUCGAACUUGACUCUUGAUAAGACAUGAAUUAAAUGAACUAAUUUAUUAUAAUUAUUCCGACAUCUAGUCCUUUUGUAAUCCGGGGCACGAGCGAACGUAUCAAGCGAUAUAUCGAUCGGUGUACAAUCGUGUUUUUGAUUCCCCGUUUGCACCAACCAUGUCGGGGUUGAAGAUGAUAAACCACAGUCGAUUGCUGGCCGGCGCGGCGGCACGUUUGGACGCUGUUUGUAGUGCAACGUUGCCGAGGAAUCACUUAAUACAACACAGGAUGGCGUCAAAAGCUAUCACUUUAGAAAAUAUCAACCCUAACAUUGUGAAGUUGGAAUAUGCUGUGCGCGGACCGCUGGUCAUCCGAGCGGCGGAAAUCGAAAAGGAACUUGAAAAGGGCGCCCAGAAACCUUUCAAGAGGGUGAUCAAAGCCAACAUUGGAGAUGCGCACGCGAUGGGACAGAAACCCAUCACCUUCAUCAGGCAGGUGCUGGCUUGCGUCUCUUUCCCCGAGCUUAUCGACACAUACGAUUUUCCCAGCGACGUGAAAAAGCGCGCCACGGAAAUCCUCGAGGGUUGCGGUGGCCAGUCAGUUGGCUCAUACACCGCAUCACACGGCAUCGAACUGAUCCGUCGACACGUCGCUGAAUACAUCGAGCGUCGCGACGGUCACCCAGCGAAAUGGGACGACAUUGUCCUUACGGGUGGCGCUUCUAGUGGUAUCAAAAAUGUGCUACAAUUGCUGUGUAACGACUGCGGAGGAAAACCUUCAGGCGUUCUCAUCCCCAUACCCCAGUACCCAUUAUACUCGGCCUCCCUCGCCGAAUACGGCCUCACCCAAGUGGGGUAUUACUUAGACGAAGACAACGCCUGGGCUUUGGACGAAGCGGAGCUAGAAAGGUCCUUGAAAAGCGCAAAGGAUUGCAGUGUUAGGGCCAUCGCUGUUAUCAACCCGGGCAACCCCACGGGACAGGUCUUAACGCGAUCCAACAUCGAGACGAUCAUCAAAUUUGCCCACAGACAUAACCUGUUGCUUUUGGCUGACGAAGUGUACCAGGACAACGUGUAUGCCGAGGGGAGCAAGUUCUUCUCAUUCAAAAAGGUGUUGAGAGAAUUGGGUGCCCCGUACACGAAUGAACUUGAAUUGGCUUCCUUCAUGUCUAUCAGCAAAGGUUACAUGGGUGAGUGCGGUCUUCGAGGCGGUUGGAUGGAGCUUGUCAACUUCGAUAAGGCCGUUCAGGCCAACCUCUACAAGUGCAUAUCAGCCAUGCUGUGCCCCACCGUGUUGGGACAGUCCGCGGUGGAUUUAGUCGCCAAGCCGCCCAGCAAAGGCGAGCCGUCCUACGACCUUUGGAUCCAGGAGAAGACGGCCGUUCUAGACUCCCUCAACAAGCGGGCUAGAAUGAUCGCAGACACCUUCAACUCGAUGCAGGGAUUCAAAUGCAAUGUUGUACAGGGUGCGAUGUACGCGUUCCCAAGUAUCGACCUGCCUCCGAAAGCCAUCGAGGCGGCGAAGGCUGCCGGAAAGGUACCCGACGUAUAUUACGCCUUCAAACUGUUGGAGCAGACUGGUAUCUGCAUCGUCCCCGGCUCAGGUUUCGGCCAACGCCCCGGCACCUACCACUUCCGCACCACCAUCCUCCCACAGCCGGCUUUACUCCAGGAAAUGUUGGACAUCUUUAAGAACUUCCACGAAAAGUUCGCUAAGGAACACGCUUAAAUACUAAUACGGUUAGACGAAUACCACGAAAAAGACGCUUAGAGCUAGUUUCAAGAGUCAUAUCGUGGGUGGAUGAUCACCCACUAUAUGAUUGCAUAAAAUCAUCACCUUCCUCGCGAUAUCCCUUUGCCACGGCUCAUCGGAGCCUGGGGUCAUUUUGAUAUUAGGUCCUUACCUAUGAAAUUGGCGUUUUUGUUCAUAGAUAUAAGUCUGAUCCUAGUUUUUUUUUUUUACAAAAGUACAUACACAAUUACAAUAAAACUACAGUGCACUCAAUAAACAACGAUUUUACAUACAAUUAAUUGUUAUUUUUUAUUGUUAAGUGUUCAGAAUUAAGCCUUGAAAAUAGGUCUUUUCAUGUGCUGUCGGUUCGAGUAUUAAAAUUACUUAUAUUUUUCUAAUGGUACCAAUUUUCAAGAAAUGGAGAUAUUGAAAACAUACCUUAAAGGUGUCAAAAAUUACUGGAAAAAUUUUGUUUGGUUUGAAUUAGCCAUCAAAAAAAUAUCCGCAAAAUUAAUUGUAUGGAAAUUCGUGUUUCGUUGAAAUUCUCCGAACAAAACGCCAAUUUCAUAGGUAAUGACCUAAUAUUAAAAUAUUCAAUAUCGGCGAUAUAUUUUAUAUUAUUUAUGGUUACCGCCGACAUGCUUAAUCACGUGAAUCAACUGCCCGCCAAUUGCAUUUCCAUACAUUUUAUCUGGGCUAUAGUCUGUAUAUUUAGGUAUUUAAAUAAUACUAAACAAAAUCUACCCUCAAAUGGCUCCUUAAGCCAGUAGAUGAAAACAUUACAUGAUCAAAUAAUGUAGUCAGGUCGUUCAGUGACAGAUCCAGGCACUUUUGUAUUUGGUUGGUUAACCAAUAAAUCUUAUAACUACCCGAAAAUGUACAAAUUGUUUGUUUACUUUUAUUUAAAUACCUAAAGAUACAGUGUAUAG